GACACGCUGACUACAACAAUAAGGGGGAGAAGGAUUGGAAAUAUGUGGCAUGGAGACCCUCUCUGUGUGAAAUAUGUACUUUCCUCUCCUUGACUACUGUGUUGAGCGAACUGUGGAAGAAGUCUUGGUUGUCCUCCUGUAUUUAAAAAUGUUUGGCAGCGGCACCAGGAAAUGGUUUGUGAAGGGGCAGAAGAACUACAGGAAGCCGUCUGUCAGGAGGAAGAAGAAGAAGUGGGCGGCCAAAAUCCUCAAGCAGCACAGGGAGAGGAUCUUGAAGGAGCUGGACGUGAACAAGGUGCUGCCGUACCUGGUGUACGACAAGGUGUUCUCUCUCAGGGAGUACAAGGAGAUCCUGGGCCACGACACCAGCAAGAAAAGGGCAGAGAUAUUCCUGGACCAGCUUUCUCUGAAGGGCCCGGGUGCUUUUUAUGCCUUCUGCUCCAUACUGGAGGAAGUGUGUCCUCACCUGCUGACCUGUUUUCUGCUGGACAUUGAAGAUCGGCCCGCAGUAAAGAGUUCACCAGGUCAACACAGGAAGGAGGAGGGGGUCAUGGCACCUCACAAUCAGGGUCACUUCCUGUCCAGCGAGCACGAGGUGAUGCGGCCGCCUCCGAUCUACAGCGACCCCGUCUUUGACCCCAGGGUGACCCCCAGCUGUGACGCCUCGACUGCUGCAGCCCCCCCGGCGAGCGUGAGCCAGGGGAAGCCGUCCCUGCGUCGGAUCAAGGGUCGGAUUCACAGGAGCAAGAGCCUGGACAGCAUCGACCUACUCGAGUCUAACAGUGCAGCUAUGGAGGAGACGGUAAUAUGGGAACAGCACACAGUGACUCUUCACAGGGCGCCGGGGUUCGGGUUCGGGAUAGCCAUUUCGGGAGGUCGGGAUAACCCUCAUUUUCAGAGCGGCGAGACCUCCAUCGUCAUAUCCGACGUCCUGAAAGGAGGCCCGGCGGAGGGGCUGCUGCAGGAGAAUGACCGGGUCGUGAUGGUCAACGCCGUCUCCAUGGACAACGUGGAGCACGCGUACGCAGUGCAACAGCUUCGGAAGAGCGGGAAGAACGCAAAAAUAACGAUCCGGAGGAAGCGGAAAGUGCAGAUCCCGGUGGCUCGCCCCGGCGCCCGGGAGACCGUGUCGGAGCACGAGGAAGAGGAGGACGAGGACAGCUACGACGACGACGAGAUGUACGACGAGCGGAGCGCCCGCAGCGGGCCCAGCGCCUACGGCGGGGUCUCGGGGAGGCGGAGCGAGAGGGGCGGAGCCCAGCGGGACCGCAGCGCCUCCAGGGAGAGGAGCCUGUCGCCCCGCUCCGACCGCCGCUCCGUCGUCUCCUCCACCCUGCCCCCGCGCCCCGCCAAGGUCACCCUGGUCAAGUCCCGUAAGAAUGAAGCAGAAUACGGCCUGCGAUUGGCCAGCCACAUAUUUGUCAAGGACAUCUCCCCAGAGAGCCUGGCAGCGAGGGACGGGAACAUUCAGGAGGGGGACGUGGUGCUGAAGAUCAAUGGAACGGUGACGGAGAACUUGUCCUUGAUCGACGCCAAGAAGCUGAUAGAGAGGUCGAAGGGCAAGCUCAAAAUGGUGGUGCAGAGGGACGAGAGAGCGACGCUGCUGAACAUCCCCGACCUGGACGACAGCGUCCCUUCCGCCAACGCGUCUGACCGAGACGACAUUUCAGAAAUUCAUUCACUGGCAUCAGACCAUUCCAAUCGAUCACAUGACAGAAACCGCAGCAGUCGUUCGCGCUCGCCCGACAGGCGGUCGGAACCCUCCGACCUUUCCAGGCAUUCUCCACAGCCAAUCAGCAACGGCAGGACUGCGGGUUCUCUCUUGCACAGAAUCCUCCCGCUCCACAGAAGUCGUGAGGAGGAGAGAAGUUCAAAGCCAGGGUCGCUUUCCACUCCCGUAAAACUUGCAGAGGACCCGCUAACCAACAAGCCGGCCGAACAGCCUGGGGCCAAAGAGGAGACCAUGUUACCCCCUCUGCCAGAGCCCAAACCGGUGUACGCCCAGCCCGGGCAACCGGACGUUGACCUGCCCGUCAGCCCCUCCGAUGCACCAGUGCCCAGCGUCGCCAACGACGACAGCAUCCUGAGACCAAGCAUGAAGCUGGUGAAGUUUAAGAAGGGGGAGAGCGUGGGGCUGCGUCUGGCAGGGGGGAACGACGUGGGCAUCUUCGUGGCAGGCGUGCUGGAGGACAGCCCCGCGGCCAAGGAGGGCCUGGAAGAAGGAGAUCAGAUUCUCAGGGUAAACAACGUUGACUUUGCAAACAUAAUUCGAGAAGAGGCCGUGCUGUUCCUCCUUGAUCUGCCGAAAGGAGAGGAGGUCACCAUUCUGGCCCAAAAGAAGAAGGAUGUGUACCGGCGAAUCGUGGAGUCGGACGUGGGCGACUCGUUCUACAUCCGGACCCACUUUGAGUACGAGAAGGAGUCCCCGUACGGCCUGAGCUUCAACAAGGGUGAGGUGUUCCGCGUGGUGGACACCCUCUACAACGGCAAGCUGGGCUCCUGGCUGGCCAUCCGCAUUGGCAAGAACCACCAGGAGGUGGAGAGGGGCAUCAUCCCCAACAAGAACAGGGCGGAACAGCUGUCCAGCGUGCAGUACACCCUCCCCAAAACAGCGGGGGGCGACCGCGCGGACUUCUGGAGGUUCCGCGGCCUGCGCAGCUCCAAGAGGAACCUGCGGAAGAGCCGGGAGGACCUGUCCGCCCAGCCGGUCCAGACCAAGUUCCCCGCCUACGAGAGGGUGGUGCUGAGAGAGGCGGGGUUCCUGCGGCCGGUGGUGAUCUUUGGGCCCAUUGCGGACGUGGCGCGGGAGAAGCUGGCCAGGGAGGAGCCAGACGUGUUUGAGCUGGCGAAAAGCGAACCCAGAGAUGCUGGGUCCGACCAGCGCAGCUCCGGAAUCAUCCGUCUACACACCAUCAAGCAGAUCAUUGACCGGGAUAAACAUGCUGUGUUGGACAUAACCCCCAACGCAGUCGACAGGCUGAACUAUGCUCAGUGGUACCCCAUCGUGGUGUUCCUGAACCCCGACAGCAAGCAGGGCGUGAAGAACAUGAGGACGCGUCUGUGCCCCGAGUCCAGGAAGAGCGCCCGGAAGCUGUACGACCGCGCCAUCAAACUGAGGAAGAUCAACCACCACCUCUUCACCACCACCAUCAACCUGAACAACAUGAACGACGGGUGGUACGGAGCCCUGAAGGACACCAUCCAGCAGCAGCAGAACCAGCUGGUGUGGGUUUCAGAGGGCAAGGCGGACGGCGCCCCCGACGACGACCUGGAUCUCCACGACGACCGGCUGUCGUACCUGUCGGCGCCGGGCAGCGAGUACUCCAUGUACAGCACGGACAGCCGCCACACCUCCGACUACGAGGACACGGACACGGAGGGCGGAGCCUACACCGACCAGGAGCUGGACGAAACGCUCAACGACGAGGUGGGCCUGCCCACGGAGCCCGCCAUCACCCGCUCGUCCGAGCCCGUCCGCCAGGACCCGCCCGUCAUCCAGGAGCCGCCCGGCUACGCCGGCUACCAGCACGCGCCGCAGCCCGACCCGCUCAACCGGAUAGACCCCGCCGGGUUCAAGGGGUCCGCCUCCCAGCAGAAAGCAGAGGCUGUUCCUGCCAUGCCUUGCCUUCCCCUGCAGCCCGGGGCCGUGACAGCGCCCCCUGCUGUCGACCUCUCUGUACAUGUAGCUGGUAUGAGCCCUGAGGAGCCUCCGUCCGCUCCCCAGAGCGAACCCAGCCCCCAGGCUGGCUCGCUUAGGAGACCCACCCCCGAGCUAGCUCAGCCCCCGACACACGACCCCCACCAAUCCGGACCGCCCAAUUCCGAACCAAAGAUAUACAAGAAGGAUCUGUACAGCAUGGAAGACCCGAUGAGGCAUGGACUGAAGCAGCAGCAGCAGCCACCACCCGCGGCCGGGUCGCCGCUGGCCUACGACCCCCAGCCCCCGUACCAGGAAGAACAGCCAUACAGGGAUUACGAGCGCCCCCCCUACCGCUACGACGGGGGCGGCUACCUGGAACCAAAGUCUCGCAGCUUCGACUCGCACCUGCACUACGAGAACCGCGUGCCUCACUACGGCGACCAGUGGUCCCCCUACGACCAGCAGGCCUCCCCUUCCCGGCCGCCUGUCUACCAGCCGGCCCGCCCGCCUGUGGAGAACCAGCACCCCCCUGGCUACGGCCCGCGGCAGGCCUACGAGGGCGGGGGCGAGAGGGACUACAGCCCCCCUCAGCCCCGCUACGACGAGCCGCCCCUGGGCUACGACGGCCGGCCUCGCUACGACCCGCCGCCCAAGGGCUACGCCAAGCCGGGGCCGGUGCGGUACGACGAGCCGCCGCCGCCCGCUUCCGCGGGGUACGACCUGCGCCCCCGCUACGACCCUGAACCACACACCUACACCCCUGCCGCCUCCCAUUCCCCCGAACCCCCCAAGCAAUACUACGGCGACCCUGCACCGCGGUCCCCCUACAACCCAGGACCCCACAACCGCAGCUACAAACCAGGGCAGUACGAGCCCCUCGCCAACUCGGACGCCCCCUUGCCCCCUCCCAAAGCGGAACCCAUCCCUCCCGUUGCCGAUGAGGUCAUCACUGUGGCACCCAAACCUCUGCCCGCACCCUCGACGGGGGAGCCGGAGGAUGACCCCGCCAUGAAGCCACAGUCGGUGCUGACCAGGGUGAAGAUGUUUGAGAACAAGCGCUCCGUAUCAGUGGACCGGGGCAAGGAGGCAGGGGACUCCGUGAGACCAGUGGAUGUGGCCCCCAAGCCUGUCAGUGUCCCUUGCUCUGUCCCUAAAGCAAACUCGCUCAGCCACCUGGACCAGGAGAAGACCACUUACAGGGCUCCAGAACCACAAACCAAACCACCGGAGGACAUUGUGCGCUCCAACCACUACGACCCCGAUGAGGACGAGGAGUACUACAGGAAGCAGCUGUCCUACUUUGACAGACGCAGUUUUGACAGCAAGGCCCCGCCCCAGCCCGCCCCCAUCGCCAAUCGCUUUGCUGAGGUCCCAAAGUCUGCCCAGCCCCAGGCACAGCCCUCAUACAACAACUACAGAUAUCACGGCUCUUACACUCGCUUUGACCACCUGAAAAGGAGUCAAAAGGGGUCAGAGUCGGUGGAGAAGGUGAGUCCUGUGGAGAAGAGAUACGAACCUGUGCCCCCAGCUACGACCCCUCCCACCCAGUACAGCCAGCCCAGCCCCACUGUCCCGCCCAAGCCUACCGCCACUGAAGUGAACGCCCUGUCUGAUCCCCGUGGCUCCCCAAAAUCUAAACCUGACCUGGCGGGACAGAGACCUGCUAACCGCGAAGACAUGGUCCAGGGCAACUACCUGCCGCAGAAGAGCUUCCCGGAGAAGUCACCCGUGAACGGCACGGACCCGCUGCCGGCCAAGCCCCCUCCUGCCACCUCCAGCUACAACCGCUACGUCCCCAAGCCGUACACCAGCUCCGCCCGGCCUUUCGAGCGCAAGUUCGAGAGCCCCAAGUUCAACCACAACCUGCUGCCCAACGACACGCAGCCCAAGGCCGACUCCGCCCCCGUGCCCAAGGUGGGUGGGGUGACCGCGCCCGGCCCGGUCAAGCCCCAGAGCUCCCCCCAGUCGGCCGAGCUGGACAGCGGCCUGGACACGUUCACGCGGACCGCUGACAACAGGCCCAAAUACCAGCACAACAACAUCAACGCCGUGCCCAAGGCCAUUCCAGUCAGCCCCAGCGCGCUGGAGGAUGACGAGGAGGAUGAAGGGCACACAGUGGUGGCCACGGCCCGGGGCAUCUUCAACUGCAACGGCGGCGUUCUGAGCUCCAUUGAGACAGGCGUCAGUAUCAUCAUCCCUCAAGGCGCCAUCCCCGACGGUGUGGAACAAGAGAUCUACUUCAAGGUCUGCAGGGACAACAGCAUCCUCCCCCCGCUAGACAAAGAGAAAGGAGAGACCCUUCUCAGCCCGCUGGUCAUGUGCGGCCCUCACGGCCUCAAGUUCCAGAAGCCGGUGGAGCUGCGCUUACCUCACUGUGCGUCUAUGACCCCCGACGGUUGGUCUUUUGCUCUAAAAUCCUCCGACUCCUCGUCGGGUGAUCCCAAGAGCUGGCAGAACAAAUCUCUCCCUGGAGACCCCAACUACCUGGUGGGCGCAAACUGCGUAUCGGUGCUUAUCGACCACUUUUGAAGAGGGAAACAGCUGGCCUGUUACUGAGUGUGAACACUGGGGGGUGGAAGGUGAACAGAGCGUCCCCCCAGAACAGCCCCCCCCCACCACCUUCACCACCCUGUGUACUGCGGUUCACGCCACCUGAAGUAUUAACCUUCUGACCUCUGAUGUCAUUUACUUGUGCCCAGGCAAAUUUCCAGAUGAAGGAGGCUUGAAGAAGUUCAUUUUUUCUUUUGUUUUUUCUUCUUUUCUUUUCUUUUCUUUAGGUCUGUAAAGGCUUGCAAAAAUGAUAAAUAAACUGUAAACCAUUAUUGGAGUGCACACCUUGUGCCACUGACUGAAUACUAUUUGCGCCAAGUUUUCCUCUCUACACGGGAAAAACAAACUGCUUUGUCAGACAUGUUUAACAGAAGUGGAAAUAACUUUUGUGUGUAUUCACACACGCAACACACGCGCACGCACUCGCACACACACUUUUACAUGCGCAGACGCACACAGAUUUGAAACUACCGUAAUUACAAUUAUCGUAGUAAUAAAAAUAGCGUGUACUGUUUCUGUCGUUAUUAGAUUAACAGAUGAGGACUUUUGUCACGCUGAUAUUUUUCAUUUUUCCUUUUUUUUUUUCAUUGAUGGACUUGCAAAGGUUUGAGAAUGCUGUGCCAGACCAGAUGCCGUCAUUCUGAUGGCAAGCAUCUCAGAGUCUUAAAAAAAAAAACACAAA